CCACCGCUGCCGCCACCGCUGCCUCCACCUUUACCACCACCGCUGCCGCCGCCUUUACCACCACCGCUGCCGCCGCCUUUACCACCACCGCUGCCUCCACCUUUACCACCACCGCUGCCGCCGCCUUUACCACCACCGCUGCCGUCACCUCUGCCUCCACCUUUACCACCACCGCUGCCGCCGCCUUUACCACCACCGCUGCCGCCGCCUUUACCACCACCGCUGCCGCCACCUCCACCGCUGUUGCCACCGCUGCCGCCGCCUUUACCACCACCGCUGCCGCCACCACCACCACCGGUGCUGCCACCGCUGCCGCCGCCUUCACCACCACCGCUGCCACCGCCUUCACCACCACUGCUGCCGCCACCGCCACCUCCACCGCUGCCGCCGCCUUCACCACCACCGCUGCCGCCGCCUUCACCACCACCGCUGCCGCCGCCUUCACCACCACCGCAAAUUGCUGCUGCUCCGAAUGAGCUGUGCCUUCCCGGAUCUGUGGGCCUCAAGUAG